GCCACUGUCAAAGUUCCCUAUCUGUCACUUGUAUCCGUCUUCUGCACAUCUAUAAUAUUGGAGAACGCAAAUAUUUAAUAUAUUAAAAUGGCCACUCUCGCUCGUACUUUGCGCUCCUGCUUAAGGUAUGUCCGGAACCAAAGAAGGACCUAUGCAGAUGUUGCAGCUGGUGAUCAAAUGAAGUUUACGUUUGCUGGUGCUAAUCAGGUAUUCUAUGAUCAAGCUGCAAUCCGACAAGUUGAUGUACCCUCCUUCUCAGGUGCGUUUGGCAUUUUACCAAAACAUGUUCCCACGCUGGCAGUGUUAAAACCUGGAGUAGUAACAGUAUAUGAAGAUGGUGGUUCAACUAAGAAAAUUUUUGUGUCAUCUGGUACAGUCACCAUAAAUGAAGACAACAGUGUACAGAUUUUAGCAGAGGAAGCUCAUCCAGUAGAAAAUCUCGAUAACUCAGCAGCAAGAGAUAUCCUUAGUAAAGCUCAGCAACAACUUUCCUCUGCAACGUCAGACAAAGAUAAGGCCGAAGCAGCUAUUGCAGUUGAAGUUGCAGAGGCUCUUGUACAAGCUACGCAAUAAAUGUUAUAAGUAAUAGAAUUAUAUAUACACAUUUCACAUUAAGAAUUUUAGAAGAAAGCUUGUGCAAUACAAGCUUGUGUUCAAUACACCCUUAUCAUAAUAGCUGUAUAAGAAUGUGACAGAAAUAAAAAUAUAUUAAGUCGUA